AUGACUUCAACACUCAGUUCGGUCGCAGCGACACUCGUUCCGAUCCCAUCGAGCGAAGCCCUGCCUACACCCACGUCUUGUUCUCCAGGUAUCGCUCCUAAUGGUCUCAACACUACGGGACUCACAGGCCAGAUCUGCCAGGUCAACGUUCCUCCAAACGAUGUCAACAUCACAUCCUGCUGCAACAAUGGUGCUGAGGUCCGUAUCUUGAACGACUGCACUCAGUGGUGCGAGGCAGAUGAUGGGAGUGAUUUCUUCGACUGUAUCAACGACAUGGCCUCGUCGGCGUAUCCCUUCCUUGGUGGGCCAUGUGUAGUCUUGUCGGCAAGCUCGACUCCAACGAUGUCAUCAUCCCGCACCGGAAUCGCAUCGACACCGUCUACUUCCCCAGAGACUCAGACGCCGGAGUCCACCGAGGCGUCGCCUUCCACCACUGAGUCAGAAGAGGAUGGCGCUGAAGCAACGGAGACUCCCGAUGUCGAAGAAGAACGUAGCGAAAUCAUUCGUAUCUCAUCAAUCAUGCACGAAUUCAAGGGUCAUGUUGAUAAUGUGCGCAAAGAAGCGAUUCAUUUUCUACAAGAACAAGGCUUUUUCAAUGUCACUUCUAGUACAAGUAGUCUCAGCAACGAGAUCGCACCAAUCUUCGCUCGCGACCGGUUCAUUGGCGUCUCACAGAACAUGUACGAUAACAUGAAGCCUGGUCUGCAACUUGCGAGUCGAUUUGUGGGAGACGAACGAGUUCUCGACUACUUCUGGCAUCAGAUGAGAAGCAGGACAUUGCCUUCCCAGACCUUCGUAAGAGAUGAGCCGCCACCACUAAUCUACACCUCGACCUCUCAGAACGAACACCCCUCCGUCUUGAUGGCCGACUGGAGGGAGAAGCUUAGCAACUUAGCUAGCGUCUUGACCUGGAAGGUGCAAGCAUCCGACCGUACACCGAAAGACAUGGAUUUGGGGUUAACCUUCGCUUUUGAUGAACUCCGAACAACCUUCUCAGACCGCGCGACCAAUGACAAGACUUACAACGAGGUUCUAAGACUUUGCAAUUGGCGUGAAGCCGAUAGGAGCGCCAAGAUACGUAACGGUAUGUUGGAUUAUUGCGCCGAUACGAUGGGUGAGGGUUGGCGUUUCCGGCCAGGAAAGGGGGCACCGACGAGUCCCUGUGUACUCCUGCACUCGUUCUUUCGCAAAGUGCUCGAUCCAGACUCCGAGACAACUGUGAUAGAUGGUUCUGGUCCUCCCCCUCCAUCGAGCGUACAGAACCUUGGACCCCAAUUCCUUCUCGCCCACGUCUUGCUCCACGAGUUGGCCCACUGUCUCGACAAGUUUCCAAUCUUCAAGUGCAAUGAUCCCCAAGGUCUAUCGAUGGAAGCUUUUGCUAACGAGGAAGAAGCCAAGAUUUUCGCAUUUCCCGAAUGCGGUCUCUCCUGGGAACGGGCAAUCUUCCAAGGUCGUUGCAUGCGAUUCCAUCAAUUCGUCGCUGACCAAAGCAGGAUAGCAAUGAAAUACACAGAUAUCGCUGCCCUUGCUGUCGCGAGUUUCAGCCACAAAGACGAUCGUGGUACUGCUACAUCAUCUACUUUCACCGUUGGUGACAAAACUUACAAGGCCACGACUGACUUCACGAGCUAUGAGAAAGCAUUGAUCCCGUGGCAAUGGAUCUCAGACUGGUUCCAGGAGUCGCAUUGGCAUCCCAAUCGGACUUGUGAAGAAGUACUGGCCAUACCUUCUCUGGAAUGGAAAAUGUCCUAUGAACUCCCCGCACCAGACGACCCGUCCACGAUCAUUGAUGAGAUUGUGAGGAUCAGAGUGAAAGUACCUCACAAGAAUGAGCAGUAA